GACAGUCGUGAGCUGAGACUGAGGAAUCCUUGGAUUUUUCUGCGGGGAACGUUGAGGCGAAACGGAGGGCUCGGCCAUGAAGGUUUUACCUUCCCAUUCAAGAAGCGCGAGUGUCUCCUGAUCUGUCCCCUCCGGCGUGAGAAUGGCAGACGGGACCCAAGCCCUGCCCGGGAACCGCUUCCCUCACAAGGGUCGCGGGAAGCCGCGCGAAGCUGCCCGUGAGGGUGAGGGAGCCGGAGGGCAGCAGCUCGUGCCACUCAGGAAAAGUGGCGGGAACUGUGGGGAGCAGGACAGGACCAGUCCUAUAUCCCAUAUUAAGGAAGUAUGUGAAAAUAAAGAUGAAAAAUGGACCUUUGAAGACUCUGGAAUCACAACAGUAUUGGAGAAGGCCAAUUCACCAGGUAGUGGUCUACUGCAAGUGAAUGAAGAUAACAAUUUAAAUGAAGUAUAUCAAGAUGAAACAAGGUCUGCAAAGAAAACAACUCAGGGAAUUCAACAGAGACAAUGCCAAAUAAAUUCUACAGAUGACGAAAUAACUCAGUCAUGGGAAAUAGCCUCAGAGGAUUAUGAGUGGCUUCACUCUAAGAAUACUCUGUUGCUGAUUGAAAAACUUCGAAUGGACUGUAAAGAUUCUGUCAGCCUAUUGAAAAUCCAAGAUGCAGUACUUUCAUAUGAAAGAUUAAUAGAAUUUAAAAAAAGUCACUGUAGACUGCUGAUAGGAAAAAUUAGAUAUAUGGAAAAUAAGGUCAGUAGACUACAAAAACAACUCUCAGAAAUAAGAGAAGAGAAAACACAGUUGGAGUGUCAAACAGUAGAAAGGGAACAAGAGUGCUGCAGUUUGAGAUUUACAUUAAAGAAAGAAAAAGAAAAGAGAAGAAAUGCUGAUACAUUGUCUGAAAAAAUUGGGGAAGAGUUAAAAAGAAAAGAAAAGCAAUAUAGUAAAGAAGUUGAAAUGAAAGAACAACUUGAACUGACAAUUAAAACAGUAGAAAUGGAAUUGAGAACUGUAAGAAGUAAUUUGAAUCAGUUGCAAGAAGCACAGAAUCGCAACAUUGUGCAAGAAGCUAUGAAGCGGCUUGAAAGUGAAAAUUCUCAGUUAAAACUUACAAUCAAAGAACAGGCAGACAGAAUAAAACAGAUUCAUCAAAACCUGUUAAAUCCAAGUUCAAUUGAUGAUCUUAGAAUAAAACUGGAUACUGCAUCUUCAAAAUGUCAGCAUAUGUACACAGUGAAUGAAGCUCUUCAACAACAGUUGAGAUCUCUGAAAACAAUAGAAAGGAAAUAUAAAAAACUGGAAGAGGAAAAAAAUCAGUUGAAGCAAACAGUAAUAAACCUCAAAAAUCAUAUAGAAAUGAAUAUGGCAGAAUAUGAUCAAGUAGCAUUGUAUAAACAAGAGAUUGAAGAAAGAGCAAGGCAAUAUAUAGUAGACAGAUUAAAAGAAGUCAAUCUAUUUUUACAGGCACAAUCAGCAUCUCAGGAAAAUAUAAAUCAGUCAAGAGACAAUAGUAAUUCUUAUAUAAGGACCCACAUGGAACUCAAAAUCAAUGACCUAGAAUCUGAAAUCUCCAAACUGAAAGCUGCUAAAGAUUCUAAUAAUACAGAAUUGGAAAAAUAUAAACUAUUCUACCUACAAGAAUUAAAAGAUAAGAAAUCAUUGUCAACUGAAUUAAAUGAAACUAAAAGGAGGCUAGCUGAAGUCACCAUGGAGCUUCACACGGAGAAGAAGCUGAAUAGAUCUCUACUCAGCACUCUGACCAUGAGGCCUGUCUUAAAGUCACCAUGUUGUGGAAACCCUAAAAACAGUUUCAUGCUCAACAGAGAUCUUGUUGUAAAGGAAAACUUAGUGAUUCCCAUCUUAAGACCACAGCCAUCAAAUAACACCAUGGAUGACUAUUUGACCAAGAUACAUCAGGAGUUGGACAAAUGUAUCACUAGGGAACUAGAAAAACAAAAUGGUUCUGACGAAUGUGCAUCUGUAUUCUACCAGUCUUCUCAGAUACAACCUACUCAAGUUGAAGAUCUACUUUUGAACACAUCACAAGAAUAUGUACAGUUUUUGAACAACAAAUAUAUGGUCUGAAAGACAAAAUCUUACUGAAUAAACAGAAUCUAACUUUUUUUAUUAAAUACAUGACCUUGGAAAUCAUUAAAGGAAAAUAUUCUCAUAUUA